AUGGAACCUUCAACGCCUAGUAGUACACCACCAAGGUUCUCAUAUCCGGGUAUACCUGGCCCCGGCGUUCGGCGUUCAUUUACUGCCCCUACGAACGGAUCGCUAAGGCCGUGUACGACGGGGAGUCCCCACGCCGAGUCGAACACGUCCCAAGGCGACGUUGAGGUCAUUACCACUUAUGGCGAUGCGAAGAUUGUCAAGUUUGGAAACAUAGCACGCCUAGGCUCGAGUAGAGGGAACCCGGAUCCAGCUGGAACCUUGCCCUGGACUUCGGCGACGGAGCGGACUCAAGCGGCUGGCCCGCUUAGUAUUUAUCGCGUCAAGAGUUCCGGCGUCUGUUUCCUUAAUUCUGGCAAAUUCCUCCUCUCCAUCUUCCCGAGAUCGCAAUUCUGGUGUGUGGACGGAGAGUCGAUCUUCGUGAUGCCAAUGCGAGAUGAAUACUACCGAAUUGAACUCUCAGUAAAGAGCGAAGAGGAUAAGGCUGGGGUGGAGGAGUUUAAGACGAAGAUUGGCACUGUCCUGCUCUACGAGAAGACUCCAUGUCCAUUUAAACGAAGAUUCCAUGUUGAGCUGCCAGACCAACCGCAAACACCGGCCCGGAAGAAGAGAAUAGGCAAUCCGGACAAGAAGGCCAAACGUUGGACGCUGGACAGGGUCUGGAAACCAGAAGAUGGCUCUGCCUUGGACCGUACAGACGACUCCUCUGGACACAGCAGUGAGACCACCCCAUCGGUUGAAGACGAGGAAGAAGAUGAAAGCAAAAGCGAGGGAGCCGCAAACCGUGUCGAUUCUGUCCUCGGUGACAGUCCUUCUUCGCGGCAGAUCACCGAAAUGCGAUCACCAGAAACCACGGAAUCCUCAAGACCAUUCCGGCAUCCCAUCCGAUCCCUAUCAGACCGAUCUAUCACGGUGCCGCCAAUGCUCCAGCUUCAACAGACGCGAUUUACUCGUUCGGAUGUACAGGCAUCAGAGCCUACCCCUGUUCCAUCGCAGCCAAUACCCACUCCCGCCGAACCAUCGUGCGACCCUGAAACCGCCAGCCUCUCGAGUGUCGAUUCAUUCUACUCUACCUCCGAAAACGAUGCAACCCUCUCCUUCCUCGAGCCCCCUGCCCUCGAAGAUCUUGCCGACCCCGACACUCCCCGCCAAGCCUCCCACCGCCGAGACGACUUCGAAACCACCGUCAUCUCCUCCGAGAAUUCCGACAUAUUCUCUCCGACCCGCUUCUCCGAAGACAACGCCAUCCCAUCUCCGCCAUUCUCACCAGGACCUGAUCUGCCUCCCGCCUUCCGCACCACCUCAACCGCACCUACAUCCACCUCCACCGCCAUCUAUCCAUCCCUCCGACGCGCCCACUCCCCGCUCCCGCACCCUUCAAACCUCGCGGUCCCGACCCAUACGCCUAGCACGCUGGGUACGCUCAUCGGCGCCGGGAUCGCCGGCAAGUUGACCCGCGGGCUGCUGCGGCUGAUCAUCGGCCCGCCCGCUGGGCUGGUCACGUUGAUGGUGCGCGUGGCGAGGCGAAUCAUGGAAGGGACCGCGGAAUGGGGCGUUGUGGAUACGCGGGAUAUCUUCAGUGAGGUGGAUGGGCAGGUUGGGGGAUGGCAGUCGGGGGAGGAGGACGAGGACGAGGAGAAGUGGGCGGAGGUGGUCGAGGAUGGAGUGUUGGUAGGGAGGACGGAGGACGGGAAAAUUUAUGAGGGCGUGGUGAGGCGGAACGUGAGAACGCAAUCUAGUUGGGAAGAUCGUGAAGGUGAAGCGACUGUCUCAGGGGCUGAUGUGGAUUGA